AAAAAAAAAAAAAUGGCUAAAGAAAAGAAAGAGUCUAAAUCUAAGAAAGAAAAGAAAGAAAAGAAAGAAAAAACUCAUAAAGAAAAAAAAGAAAAGCAUUCUUCAAAAAAUAAAGAAGAUAAUGUAAUGGAAGUUGAUGUCAUAUCACCAGUCUCUACAGGACCAACUCCAACUAUAACCCCAGCGGAAACAAAAUCAGACAAGGGUUUAAUUGUACAUUACGACUUAAGAGCUUUAAUACCUUUUGCACAACCGUUAGCAUCUGAGAAAUUAACUCGAGAAAUAAUGAUAGUAAUCAGGAAAGCUGCAAGACAACGACAUUGUAGACGUGGCGUUAAGGAAACCGUAAAAGCUAUAAGUAAACAGCAAAAAGGGUUGGUCGUGAUGGCUGGGGAUGUUUCUCCAAUGGAUGUGAUUUCACAUAUUCCAGUUUUAUGUGAGGAUAAUGAAAUACCCUAUAUUUUCAUUCCAUCUCGAGCUGAUCUUGGAUUUUCAUGUGCAACUAAACGUCCAACAAGUGUUGUCAUGAUUGUUCCUGAUCGUAAAAAUGAAGAUAAUAACCUUGAAUACAAAGAAAGUUUAGAAAAAUGUCUUAAUGAAGUCAAGGAAUUGGAACAAUUCAUGAUACAUUGAGAAAUUCUAGACAUAUUUUUUAAUAGUAAAUAAAAUAAAAAUUUAGCGUUUUGAUUCUUUAUGUGGUGGUCAUAAAUCUAAUUUGUAGAUCAAAGAUAUGCGGUGUUAGCAUGAUAUAGCAUAUGACCCUUUUCGUGUGUAUAUAAUUAUCAGAUAUACAGUAUAGAAUUUUAAUCAAAAAAUGCAUAUCAUUCACGGAAAAAUUUAUACAAAAAUGGAGGACCAUCUAAUUAUAAUAACUAGCAAUUUUUUUUAGAAUUAUAUCAUCUCAUUAUUUGGGAGUCUGUCUAAUUUUAAAAUAAAUCAAAAAAUGUUGUCAUU